CACACACCAUCACCUCUCUGGACGCUGCCUGCCAUUCGCCGGUUGGCUUUCUCCUCAUCACACAGAAUAUUGGAUUGAAUAAUCCUGAAUGCCUAUCGGUCAUUUCUCUUCGCCAUUUGUUAAGACCGCGGGACGUUUUACGACGGUGCGCUCGAGAGGAACGGUGCCGGUGCGCCGUGCGUGAUUUUGCAGAGGAGCCUAUCCCCCCAUCCCCGCCCCUCCCCCAAAAUAGUACACCUUGUGCUUCUUUGAAACAAAAGUUUAUUUUUUUACAGCAAAAACACUUUUAGACCUUGUUUUCUUAGGUUGUGUGGCCUCCGACGACCAGGGUCCACCAUGGAUAUGUUCAAAGGCCGCGGGGUCGGAAUUUCCGUGGCCGUGGCGCACGGGGUGUUCUCCGGUUCUCUGAACAUUCUGCUGAAGUUCCUCAUCUCCUCGUACGACUUCCGCUACCUCACCAUCAUCCAGUUCCUCACGAGUUCCGCCGCCGCUGUGACGCUCGAGGUGCUCCGGCGGUUGGGGAAGGUGGACAUCCCGCCGUUUGACUUCCAGCUGGCCAAGACCUUCGGCAGCGUGUGCAUCCUGUCCACGCUGCAGUCCACCCUGACGCUGUGGUCCCUGCGGGGGCUCAGCCUGCCCAUGUACGUGGUGUUCAAACGCUGCCUCCCGCUGGCCACGCUAGGCAUCAGCGUGUGCCUCCUGAAGAACAGCCGGCCCUCCGUCGGGGUGACCGGUGCUGUGCUCAUCACCACCACCGGCGCCGCACUCGCUGGUGCGGGGGACCUGACGGGCGACCCCUACGGUUAUGUGACGGGGGUCCUCACGGUGAUCGUCCACGCCUCCUACCUGGUCCUGAUCCAGAAGACCAGCUUUGAGAGCAACCACGGACCCCUCACUGCCCAGUAUGCCAUCGCCAUCAUGGCCUCCCCGGUGCUGCUGGUCUGCUCCAUGGCUUCCAUGGAGGGCAUCCACGUGUGGAGCUACGUGGGCUGGCAGGACCCGGCCAUCGUGGGCCUCUUCCUGCUGUGCGUGCUCAUCGGCUGCGCCAUGAACUUCACCACGCUUCACUGCACCUACAUCAACUCGGCCAUCACCACCAGCUUCGUGGGCGUGGUGAAGAGCAUCGCCACCAUCACCGUGGGCAUGCUGGCCUUCAGCGACGUGCAGCCCACCCAGCUGUUCGUGGCCGGCGUGGUGGUCAACACGCUGGGCUCCGUCAUCUACUGCUGCGUCAAGUACGCCGAGACGCGCCACAAGAGCGCCUACGAUGACCUGGAGGAGACCCAGGAGGCCGGCUCGCCCACCGGCCCGCCCUACCAGGAGAAGGGUCUGUCCAACGGCAGCGGGCCCCCCGCCGACGUGGCCACCUCCGGCACCCCGCCCGGGGGAGGAGGGGGCGCCGCCGGGGUCGGGACCAAGCCGGCGGAGAACGGGGGAGUGGGGGUGGACGGGGAAGGGUUGUCGUGGGAGACGGAGAAAAGAGGCGACAGCGGCGUGGGCGACAGCGGCGGUGUGGCCCUCCCGGAGAUGACGGAGGCUGAGAUCACGGAGAUGCAGCGGGAACACCUCCAGAAGGAGCGUCCUGUCUCCUCCUCCGCGCCGGGGCAGAUCCUGGGAGACAGCUGUGCCGGGGUGAUGAGGUCGGUGAAACAGAUGCAGUUCCUGAGGAAGGAGCCGGGGCUGAUCGACAACAUGGAGCAGCAGAGUCCGUGACUCUGUCCGGAGGUCACCUCUGGAGAGGGGACGGGAGGGGAAGGAGGAUGGGACUAGGGGGACGGUGGGAGCAGAACUGUUCUGGAGCAUGAAGGUGGGAUCAGAGACCCCCGAACAGACAUGGAAGGAGAGGGCGAGAGAGAGAGACCCACAGAGGCUAACGUCUCAAUCAACUCAAAUCAGCUAGCUAGCUAGCUAGCUUGCUGCAGUGCAAAAUGGUUUCCAGUGGUCGUGAUGUUGAAAAGAUAAGCUUGCUGGACGUGUUGGACAUGUUUUCAACAUUCGGUGCCCCUAGGGACUUCAAGCAUGCAAUGGCACGUACAACAAUACAAAAAACAAACAAGACAUUAUUCUGGAAACGUGUUUGCACGGGAAAAAGUGAAAAAUAGCAAAAGGAAAUAAGAGGAUUAUAAUUUUAAGCUCUAUCUGAACCAUAACUUGUGUCUUGCCUCCAUCAUCAGUCUAUGAAAUGAUAUGGUUUGGCUGGUAUUGUUUAGCCUUUCGUCGUUUCAGUUAGCCUUAAACACUUUCCUUUAAAGCAGAGGGAACAAAGAAUUCAGCUAAAUACUUAUUUUUCAUAGGUUUUCCAUUUGGAUUAUUUUUCCAAUGUCUUAAAAUAAAGAAAAUAAUGUUUGCACAUUUGAUUGAUUUCAUGUAUUAGGUCACAAAUUGAGAUUCAGGGACCAGCUUCUAUGGUUAUAUGUUUGUAGGUCAACCUGGACAUCUAUAUGUUCAGGGAUUGAAGUUUGAAGUUUAAAAUUGUCAUCAUUAAUAUAACAUAGUACUUUAUUGAUCCCAGAAAGGGAUUUUCAGGAAUUGAGAUUAGAGAUUAUUAUGUUUUGGUUAAGGAUUUUCCUGGUCGUCUGGUGAUGAAGUUGUUAAAAAUGGCCAAUAUAUUGCCUUUAUUUCGCACAGAAAUAGUCAAAAUGUCAAAAUAUGUUUACAAACCCAGUUCUCCCACGGGAACUGUUCGAUAGCAACUUUCCGAUGGCAACUCUAUGAUGGUAAGAACUAACCAAAAACAUCAUGCUUACGUUGAAAAAACAUCAUUAAUUUUUCUCUGCGGUUCUACUUUAUUCUUAUUCAUUAUUUUACCAUUCCAUGGAAAUUAUUUUUUAUACUAGGUAGAAGCACUUCAAUGCCUGGCUAACUCAGGCUAGCAUGUGCUAACCUCCCACUGGUCUUUGUGACGGCAGAGAGCUUGGAAAUUGGAUAUGAAACCAUUUGAAAUUCCAAUUUCCGGAGCUGCAGGUGCCGUGGGCUGAAUUCUAUGAAACAUCUGUUUGUUUAAUGUGAUGUACCCACCUACUAAUCCCAAUAACACAGAUUAUUCAACUCCCAAUCAACCCUCAGUCAUUAUGGUUUCGGUGUGUGUGUGUGUGUGUGUGUGUGUGUGUGUGUGUGUGUGUGUGUGUGUGUGUGU